AUGGGAGUACAGCGCAGGCUCGUGAAUAUGCUACCAUUAUACGACAGUUACGAUGAAGAGAUCCAGCACCGCUCUGUCAUUGAUCCCCAACCCGUCGGAAAUAAAGUCUCUUCACUGGCUGUACGGCUCACGGUCACGUUGCAGACGGUGCAGCAACUCAGCCACGUGUACAGGAUACUGCAUGGUUCCGAGUCGGAUGCUGCGCUGGCGCUGGACUAUCACACCUUUGCCGAUGAGCUUUCCAAUUACGAAGCCGAUCUUACGGCUAGCCUACACGGGGCGCGAAUCUUGGAGAACGAACUGCAGGCAGUUGCAAAUUCGCUCUCCAUCGCUGUGAGCCUCAAGGUGAACAGCCAGAUGUUCAAGCUGGGCACCGAGUCAUUCGACGACAGCUCAACAGUGAGAUCCAUGACGCUUGUCACGCUGAUCUCUCUCCCUGCGAGCUUUGUGUCCUCAAUCCUCGGAAUGAAUCUCUUCGACUUCGAUGGCGGAGACCAGGGUGGCUUCACUAUCUCCAAGCCGUUCUGGAUCUUCGUCGUCCUGGCGGUGCUACUGACCCUCCUCACACUGGCCUCCUGGUAUGUGGUUGCCCGGCGAGCCCGCAAGGCCCGCGAGCAGAAGGAGGAGGAGUAG